CCACAACUCGUUUGACCUUCAUAUGGUGACCAGCCCCAAGCUCUUCCUGGCGUUCUGCGCGACGCUUGUCCAUGGCUGCAGCGACUUUCUCUUAAACUCGACGACGCAUGUCGUGUCGGCGCGGACGAUGGACUUCAAGAUCGACCUCCGCAGCCUCGUCGAGAUCGUUCCACGCAACACGGUCAUCCAAGAACUCAUCGUUGACGGCUGUCCGGAUUGCCCCGACUACGCGUGGCGCACCAAGUACGGCUACGUGGGCCUUAACACGUUAGGCAUCAACGCUGCCGCCGACGGUCUCAAUGAAGAGGGCCUGUCCGCUGGAUUCCUCUUUCUUGUCGGGUCCGACUAUCCCAAGGUGGACAUUGCUCAAGCGUCGACCCAUCCGAUCAUCUCGUCGUUCGUUACGUACAUUCUCGGCAACUACGCAACUGUCGACGAAGUCAAAGCCGGCUUGCCGGAGAUUCAACUGUCUGCCUUUGACGGCAGGCUGCAGGCCCUGACGACUCCUGGCCUCACGACGUUCGACAAGUUUCCAUUGCACUUGCCCAUCCACGACGCGUCCGGCAAGUCGAUUGUGAUCGAAUUCCUCAACGGGACUGUCAACGUGUACGACAACCCGGCUGGUGUCCUGACGAACGACCCGCCGUUUCUCGAGCAGCUGGAGCUCGUAGCCGCCCACGACGAGGCAGCAGGCACGAACGACUUUACGUUUUCAGGCGGGUACUCUCCCACCGAGCGCUUUCAACGCCUGACGUUCUUGAAUCGCCACGGCGCGACCAAGUUUUUGCCCAACACGAGCUACAGCAUUGCCACGCCAGACCAGGCAGCCAUCUCGGCUGCCGUACACAUUAUCAACACGGUCACGAUCCCAGCUCCGUUCAUUGACUUCGGCGAAGCCACUCAGUACACCCUAGUGCGCGACCACAAGGCACGGGUGCUAUACUUUCGCUCGAACGAGAACCAAGUUCUUCGCAGCAUGGACUUGACCAAGAUCGACUUUGGCGACGCCUCCAACCGUCGGGCGUUGAGCGUGAAUUACGGCGAGUGGCACGUGGAUGUGACGGGUGCCGCGUUGGCAUCGGACGUCCAUUCCAUGGAUAUCCCCCCUCGCUCUGUCGUGGAGAGUUUGCUCCAUGGUGGAGUGGAUCCGUUGGCUGGUGUGACGGCACAGGCGACGGCAGUGGCGGCGCAGGGUAACGAGUCGUUUUGGGUUGGCGCUGCGGUGGGUAUUGUGGGCACGGCGCUCGUGGCUGCAUUCGCCCUGUCACGCAAGUCGUCGGAAGAGUACACCCCUCUUGUCUAACUCAAUCGAACGUUGUUACGUCGUAUCCUGCAUGCGCUGUCCGUGCUUCGGCCCGAGCGUUUAAACGAGCGCUUCUGCACGAUGCCGCCCCGGCAUUCUCGUCACGACUGCACUGUGCCAUAAUACGUGUGUUAGCUAUUAUAAUCUAUCGGUUUACUCGUCGUCUUCUUCGU